AUGGAUGGCGAAGCAGUAGAUAUCAAAUACCUAGAGAACAACCAAUACUCUGAUGAAGGUAUUAUCAAAUCGGAUUACAUUUCCUCUGGAGGAAUAAUCGCAACAAAGAAAAUCUUGAGCGACAUAUGUUUGGAAGCAAAUUCGAAAGUACUAGACAUCGGCUCCGGCCUGGGUGGCGGCUGCAAAUACAUAAAUGAGAAGUACGGUGCGCAUGUGCACGGAGUGGACAUUUGCGAAAAGAUGGUCACCAUCGCCAAGCUAAGAAAUAAAGAUAAAGCAAAAGUCGAAUUUGAAGCAAUGGAUAUUCUAAAAAAAGACUUCCCAGAAAGUACUUUCGACAUGAUAUACAGCAGAGACUCCAUUUUGCAUUUACCCUAUUCCGACAAAAAAAUAUUAUUUGAAAAAUGUUACAAGUGGCUAAAACCAAAUGGAAUUCUUUUGAUAACUGACUACUGUGCUGAUAAGAUAGAAAAAUGGGACGAAGAAUUCAAGGCCUACAUUAAUCAGAGAAAGUAUACCCUCAUGCCUAUCCAAGAUUAUGGAGAUUUGAUUAAGUCCUGUAAGUUCCAAAAUGUGGAGGCAAAGGAUAUAAGCGAUUACUGGCUGGAGUUACUACAAUUGGAACUUAACAAAUUGGAGGAAAAAAAAGACGAGUUCUUGAAGGCGUAUUCCAUUAAGGAGUAUGACUCCUUGAAGGAAGGAUGGACCAGAAAGAUUAAGGACACAAAGAGGGGUCUGCAAAAGUGGGGCUACUUCAAGGCUCAGAAGAUGAUCUGA